UACAUGGACAAAGAAAGCCUCAUCGUCGUCAUCAUAAUCUACAUGUUCAGAAAACCAGUGGUCGUAGUGGAAAAGCCAUGAGCUCAAUAGGCCAAAGCAUAUUGAUGGCCCUGACUGUUACAGUGAACAAGUUUGCUUCAUCUAAUGUGCAGGCAGUCCAUAGAAGGCAACGCAAAGAUAGAAGGAAAACCACUUCCUCCAAGGCAGCCAACGAUUUUGGAAGAAGAGGGCUGCUCUUAUCUGCUGCAUUUGCUACUCCCCCUGUCAGUGAAUCUGGGGCUGAGCUUCUUAAAAAGUAUCUGAAGAAGUCAGAAGAGAACAAGGCCAAGAAUGACAAGGAGAGAAUGGACAGUUACUAUAAGCGCAAUUACAAGGAUUACUUUGAGUUUGAGGAAGGAACUAUAAGGGCGAAGAAAGGGGAGCUUACCAAAUCAGAGAAGGGGAUUCUUGAUUGGCUUGAAAAUAACAAGUGAAAACCACUUUUUUAGUUACAACAACUACUUGAAGUUGUGCACCAAUCUUUUUUAUUUGAAUGAAGAUUCUUACUUUUAUCAGCAUUACAAAUC